CAAAGCAUCACCAAUUAACAAUUGAACGACAAACCGAACAACACUGGCCCUAGCACGUAACCUUGCGGCACCCCGUGCCCACAAAGGGCUGAAAUCCAUGAGAACAAUAAUGUCAAAUUCAUAUUGAGUGGUAAAUUCGAGAUGGUGGGAUUUUUAGACGCUAAUUUUAUACGAAUUUCGAAGCAGUAGUCAAUUGCCAAAGCGUCGGGGCGUCGGGCGUCGAGGACAUUCAUACGUACGGGUUAUCUAACCGAGAAAAAAUGUGCUAAGUGAUUUUUUGACCUUUAAAAAUUGUGUUUUUGGUGGAAAAGAAACUUGGAGUGAUUAUAUUAAUUUUAAUUAAUUAAUGUCGAAGUAAUUUUACAGCCAAUUUAAAGGACAUAAAAUACUUUUCUUUAAUUGUACGAGCGUUGGCCUAGCACCAGGCUAAUUUAUGUAUUAUUUAUAACACACAUUAAAGUUAUUUUAAUUGGUUUUCAAGCAAAAAUCUUCAAUGAACCUUAAAAUAUCCUUAGUGCAGUUCUUAAGUGAUGACAAGUGAUUUUUAAGUGUAAAAAUUACAGAAAAAACACUAAAAAUGUGUAACUGUUGCUGUUGUAAAAGUAAACCACCAAUAACGGUCCCAAUUAAUUUGAAGAACCAGUCAGAAACCUACAACUGGAAGGGACCAGACUUAAUACGAGUAUCCAGAUUUUUCAAAGACGCUAAAGAAGGUAAAUUCGUCAGCUUUCUAUACCCAGAUUCAAGAACCAUCUAUGAAUCGUUCAGACGGGGCGCUAAAGAGUCAAAUAAUGGACAAUGUCUAGGUUGGAGGGAAUCAUACUCAAAACCCUAUCAAUGGUUGAACUUUAAUGAAGCUCUUCUCCGCGCUAAAAACCUAGGUUCCGGCUUGGUUUCGCAAGGGUUCACCCCUGGAACCAACACCAUUAUAGGAGUCUACUCCCAAAAUUGCCCAGAAUGGAUUCUGACAGAGCAAGCUUUAUACUGCUACAGCAUGGUCCUGGUACCACUAUACGAUACCCUAGGCCCCGACGCAUGUGCCUUUAUCAUCAAACAAGCCGAUAUAAACGUAGUAUUCGUGGAAGACGAUGCAAAAUGCAACCUUCUGAUGGAAAAAUCACCCAGAUGUCUCAAAAAGAUGAUUAUUUACAAAGAUAUACGUCCAGCAACCAGGCAGAGGGCCAAAAAUUUGGGCAUCGAGAUCAUCAAGAUGGCCGAUCUCGAAAUGCUGGGUUCCAAGACGAACCACCCGGAAAUGCCACCAAAACCGUCAGAUCUGAGUACAAUCUGCUACACCAGCGGAACCACGGGCAAUCCUAAAGGAGUGAUGCUCACGCACGAGAACGUCAUAGCCUCGGUGAGCGCAGUGAUUAUGCAACAGGGGGAGCACAGGCCCAGACCUGAGGAUACGAUGAUUUCCUUUCUUCCGCUCGCGCAUAUGCUGGAGAGGUGCUGCGAAAUCGCCAUGUUCAUGAUGGGCGGUUCCGUUGGGUACUACCUGGGCGAUAUAAGGAGGUUAUCAGACGACAUGAAGGCCUUGAAACCGACGAUUUGCCCUGCCGUACCAAGGUUACUCAACAGGAUCCACGAUAAGGUCAUGGGUGAGAUCAAUCAGAGUUUCUUGAAGAAAAUGUUGUUCAAUAUGGCUAUGAACGCGAAGGAGGGGGAAAUUAAGAGAGGGAUCAUUAGGAAUAAUAGUUUUUGGGAUAUGUUGGUGUUCAGGAAGGUUCAAGAAGGGAUGGGUGGAAGACUUAGACUGAUGCUGGUGGGUUCUGCACCCUUGGCAGACAACGUUCUGACCUUCAUAAGGUGCUCUCUUGGGUGCUUGGUUGUAGAGGGUUAUGGACAAACCGAAUGUUGUGCACCUAUAUCUUUGACCAUACAAGGUGACUGGGUUCCUGGACAUGUAGGGCCUCCAGUACCAUGUUGUUGCGUCAAGUUGGUAGACGUCCCGGAAAUGGAGUACUGGUCGAAGAACAACCAAGGAGAGAUUGUGGUGAAGGGCACCAACGUGUUCCAAGGUUACUACAAGGACCCAGAAAAGACCCAGGAGACAAUAGACGAGAUGGGGUGGCAUCAUACAGGCGACAUUGGAAUGUGGUUACCAAAUGGAACCUUGAAGAUCAUAGAUAGGAGGAAACAUAUUUUCAAGCUCUCACAGGGAGAAUACAUAGUACCGGAAAAAAUCGAAAGUAUAUACAGUAGAUCGCAGUACGUUUGCCAACUUUUCGUCCACGGAGAAUCCUUAAAGUCGUGUAUUAUUGCUAUUGUGGUACCUGAUGUCGACGUAAUUAAAUGCUGGGCCUCAGAGAAUGGCAUUAGCGGCACUUUCAGUGUUUUAUGUAACCAUCCGGAAGUAAAACAGUUGAUUUUGGACGAUAUGAUCACCAAAGGCAAAGAUGCUGGUCUUAAGUCGUUUGAACAGGUUAAAGAUAUUUAUUUGCACCCAGACCCCUUCAGCGUCCAAAACGGCCUACUGACCCCCACAAUGAAGUCCAAACGCCCAGAAAUCAAGUCCUACUUCAAACCCCAGCUAGAAGACAUGUAUAGCAAGUUAACUUAAAUAGAUUAUAAUCCACCAAAGUUUCCGCAAUUUUAGAAUCAGAAAGACUUAAUUUUUAGCAAUACUAUUCGAUUAUAUAAAAAAGAGCAUAUCUAUUUUCAACGGUCGGGAUACAAUACGUAAGGCUUUUUUGGUGCCAAAUGAAAGCGCGGCCCCUUAAUGUUUAUCGGAGUGGAGGAAGACCCCUUAAGGGUGUUUUAUCGGCACUUUUUUCGCUAUCCCGACGUUUUAAUCGACUUAUUGCAAGAAAUCCACCGAUUUUUUGUAAUUUUUAUAAAAAGGUUCCUUGGCUCAUCUGCUAAUAAAAAAACUGCUCGAGGCUAUAUCUUCGCCUAGGUACAUACAUAGAUACAAAAAAUUCAGUAAUUGUUAUUAAUUACAAAUUUUAUAACCUGUUAAUAAGUUUUUUCAACGUAAUAUUAAAAAUAAACUGUCUUAAGUUUACAACAAUCACUUAAAAAUUAUUUUUAUUUUUUUUUCGCUUUUUAUUUGUUGUUCUUGCCUUUAUUUAGUGAUAGCACUUUUUAGUAUAAGUUAGACAUACCUAGUUACAAGUUGUUUUGUUAUUUUAUGUUAAAGGAAUUGUAUCUAAGUUUACUGUACUUAAUAAAAAUAUAUUUACAGUAA